GCGACCGAGUACAAUCCGCCAGCUCCAUAAUGGGGCGUACUUUUAUCAUACUGCUUGCCUUAGUGGCAUCGACAUUGGCGGGACCAAUUAUUAACACAGGAUCAUGUUCAACACGUUGUACAGAAACAAAGAAAUUUGGAUACGAAACCGGAAAAACCUACGAAUAUGACUACACAACCGACGUCGACACAACAGUACAAGGAGCAUCCGAGGAAAAAGCCGGAGUUCAGUUGACUGCCAAAGUUUACAUCGAUGUCGUCUCAAAAUGUGAAAUGAAUCUUCGGCUUGACAAUGUUAGACUAUUGGAAUCAGACCCUAAAGCGCCUGAAACACUGAUAGAUGCCGACAAAAGUGGAGAGUUCAGAACUAACCUUGAGAAAUCUCCUUUGGCAUUCUCCUUCCAAGAUGGCCGCAUUGAAGAACUUUGUACAUCCAUACCUGAGAAAACAUGGGUACUCAACAUCAAACGUGGUAUCCUCUCAGCAGUUCAAAACUCAAUGGAUGACCUGACACAGGAUCAAACAGUCCAAGAGACCGACAUCACUGGGGAAUGCAAAGCAUCCUAUACUGUAUCUAGCAACGGAUGGUACUCCAGAACAAUCAAGAAGAGCAAAGACUUGCUUGGAUGUACAGACAGACAUGGAUACAAUACAAUGAUGCAGGGAACACCAUACAAAAUUCAAUCUGAAAUUCAGUCUCUGCCACUGAUAAAAGGUAGCCAUGAGUGUUCACAAGACAUCAGCAAGGCUGGUAUACUACAGAGCAGUGUAUGUGAAGAAGAACAUGUUAUCCGACCAUUCUCAAGGGAAUCCAGUGGUGCUAUAACAAAGACCAAACAGACAUUGAAAUAUGUAACAGAAAGAGUAUCAUCGUCUAGCUCAAUUUCCAUUGGACACCGCGUUCCAUUGACGUUUGUUCAUUCUAACGAUGGUAGAGGUACAAUCAGGGAUGUCAUGAGUAAACUGAAUGAAAUUUGUGUAUCCACAUCGGACAGUGUGAAACCAGAUACUCCACUUUUGUUUUCUGGACUGGUUAGACUGAUGAAGGCUUUAGAAAGUGAUGAUCUGGAACAGAUUUACAGAAAGGUGAAAGGAACCAGAUUAUGUGCAUCGAAUCAAAAGAGAGUUGAAAAAUUCUUCCUUGAUGCCGUUCCAAUGCUUGGAACAAAAGCUUCACUGAGACUGAUUACUAACUUGAUUAACAAGAAAGAAGUUCGUGGAAUUGAAGCAAAUAUGUGGCUAACAACUUUAUCAUUCAUCAAAGACCCGACAAAAGAAAUGCUGAAUGAAGUCAAACCACUCAUAUCGUCUGAGAACAAUGAAGAGGCUAUGCUGGGUGUGUCUUCACUCGUGUAUACCUACUGCAAGACAAAUGAAUGUGAAAAUGAUGUGGACAUCGCAAGUAUUGUUGCUUCUAUAGAAGACAAGAUUGGUGUUGGAUGUUACGUAGACAAAAACAAUCUUGGCAAGAUGAUCCGUAGUCUAAGAUCACUUGGAAAUGCUGGAUUCGUUAGUAAUUCCAUUAGAACCAUCUCUAACUGUAUGACCAAGAGAGAGAAUCCCACUGAAGUCCGCCUUUCUGCUAUACAAGCCUUCCGUCGUAUGCCAUGCGCAAUUAACCGAGACGACGUCAUGGCAAUCUUCAGGAACAAAGACGAGGAUUCCGAAUUGAGAAUUGCUUCUUACCAGGCUCUUAUGACAUGCCCUUCAUAUAAUGUCCUGUCUCGUGUUAGAAAUGUACUUGAAUCAGAAGAGGUCAACCAAGUUGGUUCUUAUGUGUGGUCUCAUUUAACAAAUUUAAUGGAGACUUCAAGCCCACUGAAACAAGACAUAAAGAAUAUCAUCAACGACCAGGUGCUGAAGAAAGAAUUCGAUCUUGAAAAACUGAAAUAUUCCAGAAACUACGAAGGCUCCUUCUUCCUUGAGAAACUAAAUACUGGAGCUUCUAUUGACAGCAAUGUUGUGUGGUCUUCAAAAUCUUUCUUACCAAGAUCUGCCAUGACUAACAUAACAUUCGACCUUUUUGGACAUUCCGUCAACCUGUUAGAAAUCGGUGGACGAAUGGAGGGCCUUGAAUAUUUUCUUGAAUCUUACUUUGGACCUAACGGAUACUUCCAGGAAAACGAUGUCAAAGAAGUCACAAAACAGAACAUAAAAGGAAUAAGUAAUACAAAAAUGGAAGACAUUGACAGACAGUUUGACACAGAAUCUGACUCAUUAAAAGGAGAUCUGUACAUGAGAGUUUUUGGAAAUGAGCUACUGUUUACAAGAUUCACCGGACUAAGUGAUAUCACUGAUGGUAAAUCAAUAAAUAUUCUGGACAUUCUUACGGCUCUUGCCAAGAAACAAGAAUACUCCUUCACACAGAGCUACGUAUUCUUGGAUAGCAGUAUCAUCAUUCCAACAAUGGCUGGCUUCCCAUUAAAUUUGACCAUUGAUGGAUCAGCUACCGUCGAUCUACGUGCCUCUGGUAAAAUGGAUUUGACAAAGAUAACAGACAGAUCACCAAGUCUAUCUUUGGAUGGAUAUAUGAAACCAAGUGGCGCUGUCCAGAUCAACAGUAUGAUGAGCGUAGAUGCCUUUGUAACAAAAAGUGGAAUGAAGAUGGUUUCCACUAUGCAUUCCUCCUCUUCCGUCGAAGGACACGUAGAACUGAAAAAUGGAAAAGUACUAAGUGCACAGAUCAAAACACCAUUUGAUAAAAUGGAAGUUUUCAAUGUCAAGACUGCUUUCUUCACUGUCCAUCGUGAAUCUGAGAGAGAACAGAAAAUGAUUACUGCUAACAGACAGACUAAGAAAGUAUGUUCUGGAGACAAACUUGCCAAGAUUACCGGACUGGAACUCUGUGCAGAACUUCAGUAUCCAAACGCAUCAUUGGUAGCCGAUGCUCCAUACUUUCCAAUGACAGGACCAGUUAGUGCUGGACUCACUCUUCUAAAACGUGACACACAUGAAAGUUACAACAUGGAAUACAAAUUUGUAAAGGAUAAACAAGAGGCCAGAGCUAGAGUAGCCUUUAGCACCCCAGGUUCUAAGGUAGACCGUGAAUUGAGUUUUGAUUGUCUUGUUCGAUCUGACCCUCUGCUUGAAAUAAGCAUGAUCUCACCAUGGAAGAGAGUUUCAGUUAGAGGAGCAUUAGUUGGUGACAAUCAACAGAAACAAGUGGCUGGAAGGAUUGUUAUCGACGACAAAGAUGAAUACUCUGUGACUGGAGAAUGGAUCAGAACAAGGAAAGGACAGCUUUAUACUUACAAUCCAUACAUUGAAAUCAUCAUACCAAAUAUGGAAAAUAUCAGACUCAGCAGUUCUGUAGAGUAUGUUGUCGGCAAAAGUUUCAAUGGUGAAUUGACCGUAAAGGGGCUAUCUAAGCAACCCAUUCAGUCAAAAGUAAACCUGAUUUCCAAGAAAGCAAUGUCUUCCAUAAAAACAUCCAUCUCCUUUGAACCUGGGAAGGAUUAUAGUUUUGAAAGCAGAUUGCAGAAUACACAAACAAAGAAAGCAACAAAGUUGAUGCCUUAUUUGUCCAUCCGUACACCAAAGGAGGAAAUCACAGCCCUUGGAGGAUCAAUGGAAUAUAAAAGUGGUUCUCUUAUUUUGGUGGACAUUACACUUGACAGGCUUUUGGAUAAAACCGUAAAAGUAUUUACAAAACUAACGAGAACUUUAAGGAAAUCAAACGCCAGGUAUCAGUCAAAAGUUGACAUCAGAACUCCACUUCUAAGAGCAAAAGGAACUUCAAAUAUUGUACUUCAGAAAACUGCUGUAAUUACCAGAGUUAAUCUAGAUUACGUUAUUCCAAGAAUCAGCAGGGACAAAAUAACAGUCAACAGUAAAAUCAAUUAUGGUUUCACCAAGAGUGUCUGGUCAUUGGCUGGCAAAGGAUCUUUAACUUUCAAGAAGAAUGCUGACUACAAUGUUGUUAUCAACACAGACAUGAACAACAAAGCAAGAUUGACAAAAGUGAACUUUGACCUUAGAUAUGGUGCAAAACCAAAGGAUGAAAACAAGCGUAUCUUUGUUACAUCAUUAGUACGUCACGAACUGGGAUGGAAGAAAUCUGAAUUAGAUAUAACUGGUGAUAUUAGACAUCUGGCACUGGGAUUAGAUCUUAAACUAAAAGGAAAGCAUUCUCACAAUCCAAAGAGUAUUAAUUCUAAUUUUGGGUUAUCAUACGGCAAGAAGCAAUCAGUAUCUGCUGCAUUGGUAAUGAAGAACAAGUCCAAAAAAUUUACAUCCUUAACUGGGGAUGUAAGUCUGAAAUGGAAUGAUAAAGACUUUUCUAUUGCGAACAAUUUUGAACAGAAGAACAAAAGGAGAUAUACCAAUGAGUUGAUUUCAAACAUUGCUGGACACAAAACAAAAGUUGUAAGUGAUCUUAAACUUUCUGAUGAAGAGUAUGACGUCAGCUCUGAUAUAAGUAUGUCCGGACAGAAGCCAGUCCAUCUUGAAGCACUGCUCAACCUAGAUCCAAGAAACUUCCGUGUCAAAUCUCGACUAAAUAAUGACUAUUCGGUAGAAUUUGGUUCUCAAUACAAAAAAGCAGCAUUUUUACGACUAUCAAGUGAUGUGUCUGUGCCUUCAAGAAAAGUCAAAGGUGAAUUUGAGGCAAAGAAGAAGGGACCGAUCUAUGUUGGACAUUUGGACAUUCAAUGGGAUGCUAAUGCAGACAAGGACAAACAAAUAUUUGUUGACACUCAACUCACAUACAACAACAUUCAAGAUAUUGAUGCAAGCCUUGUAUUCAGAAGUCCACUGCAAAAUAACAAAAUCAACCUAAAUCGCAAAAACGAAAAUGCACAUUUUGACAUAAAAUCUGACGGAAAAGAACAACUAUCUAUUGACGCAUCUUUGAAACAGAAAAAUGGUAACGAUCAAGUCAAAAUCGAUGGCAGCUUAACAGUACAUACUGCAGCAAAAGGAUUAAGAUAUGUUAAACUUGGCAUGAACCAUUUGUCAGACCCAAGCGAAUAUGAAACAAACUUUAAUGUCAACUGGAAACCAGAUAACCAAAUAUCGGCUGCCUUUUCCCUGAAAAAACCAGUGAGCAUUCGUCAAUUACAAGGAUCUCUAAACAUCAAGACACCAUUUAACGAAUUUAAAACCUCGUCCCUAGAAUUUUCCCAUGAUGCUAAAGACUCCUUGAAGUCCCUUGUAACUGUUCAGGUAAACAAGAAUUCUAUACGGGUUGAUGCAUCUGCAAAGAAAGAAAACAACAUAUACUUGGGACAUGCUGGUGUCAAAUCUAACAUUCGAUCCAUCCAAACCGUAUCUUUAGACUUUAGUCAUCAAAGUAAGGAUACAACUAACGAAAACAGCCUAGUUCUUAAUAUUAAUGGAAAUGAAUACAGAUACAAAGGUAAACUCACACAUGAUAGAGCAGGUCUUAUGAUCCAGCAGAGCGGUAAACUAUCUCUUUCUUCACCAACAAGCCAAUACGAUUCUACAUGGCAACACAGUAAUACACUCAACGAUAUUACAACAGUGAUCACAACCAACAUUAAUGGAGAGCAUUAUGGUUUUAACAUUAAGGGCAGACAUAAUAUUGCAUGGAAAGAAGCAUCCGUUCAGUAUACAUUGACCUCCACAACUCCAUUUGGAAAAGGACAACUUAUGGUUAGUCAUUUACAUAGAGACAGUUCCAUGGACACCAUUCUCUCGAUGAGCCACAAUAGCAAAAACCUUUUUACAAGUGAAGGUCAUCUCAAAACUGAAAAUGGUGAACUCAUUGCUACCGGGAAUCUCUUACUGAAAGGUGAACAAAUGGUUGCAAUAGAAGGACGAUUGAAAACCGGAUCUCAGAAAUAUGUUUUGGUUACAUUAUCUACACCAUUUGAAUCAUUUAGAAGACUUAGAACAGAGAUGGAAUUUAAAGGAAAUACGAAGGCAAUGACCUCCUCUACCAGCUUUGAACUACAACCAAUUGUAAGAAGAAUUCAACUCAAGUCUACAUUUAACAGAAUUGGUGGUGUGUCUGGUAAUGUAAGACUCGAAACUCAAUACCAACAACUUCCAGCCAGUGAAAUAACCUUCUCAAACCGCCCUGAGAAUGACAAAUCGAGAACCGAUAUCAAGGUUGAAUACUUACCAGGAAAGAUCGUAUCAUUGACAUCAAGAACCCUUUUAGAUGGACAAAGGCUAAGUGCUGAUGUCAGUAUUGCAACUCCUUUUGAAAAAUUACAACGUUUAACAGCCGGUAUAACACACGAACCUACCGUCAAAGGAUGCAUUACGAAAGUUGAGAUGGAGUAUCCAGAGGGAAAAUCUUACUAUGCUGAGCUUGCUGUUGAAUACAACAAAAACUACCAAGCUGCAGUCACAAUACGUCUUCCUAAUUACCAUCCAGUAACCGCUACCUUGAGCCACAAAGGUACAUGGAAUCAAUUCUUAUCUGGGGCUUACUUACAGUAUGACAAAAAUGGCAAACAUCAACUGGAUAUCAGUUACCAUAAUGGAAAGAGUCUCCAAGGUUCCUUCACUAUGAAGUCAUCUCUUGUUGAAGAUACCAUUGCUUCCUUCUCUCACAGUGGAAAUAGAAAAAGCAUUAAUUCUAACAUUCUCAUAAAAUAUGGGAAGAAUAAGCCAAUCAAUGUAGACAUAGAAAUGACAAAUGCCAAAAGAAUGAAAGGAACAUUAAAGGUUGCAUCUCCCAUCAUGGAUGAUAUCACAGUUCUCUUUGUACACAAAGGCAAAAGUACAAGUUUCAAGACAAAAGCAAAGAUUGGAUGGGGAAAGAAGGAGGAAAUUGAAGGAGACCUGACAUUCAACUUUAUAAAAAAUCUGAAGGCAGACGUUUCAAUAUCCACACCAUUCAAGAGCAUCAGAAAAAUGUCCGCUUUUGUAACACACGACGGGAAUUUACGGGACUUCAAAUGUCAGUCGGAAUUGAAAAUCGGGAAAAGUGUUUGGGGAGCCAAUGUUAAAUCAAAGGUUGAUCCACAAUUAGUUACAGAGCUUACUAUCAACACACCUCAUGACGGAUAUGAAAAGAUGAGAGCCUUCUAUACACAUAACGGUCAACUUUCUAACUUUAAAUGUCAUCUGGAAGUUUCAAAGAACAAAAAAGAGAUUAUUGGUGAUUUGCAAUUUACAUUGCAACCAUUGAUCCUUUCCGCAACUCUUCAAACACCAGUGAAAAGUUAUGGCAAUCUAAAGGCGUUACUCAGUCAUGCUGGCCCGCUAGAUAACUUCCGAACUCAAGCUGAAAUAACUUACUCUGAUUCUAAAACUAUAACACUAGAUACAUCAGUCAGCACUAAUGACCGAUUGACUGUUUCUGUUGAUAUCAAGACGCCAUUCCAGGAAUAUGAAGAAAUGACAGCCAAACUUUCACACUCAGGAACUUCCAAUAAUUUUGCCUCACGAUUAGAAACUCUUCUCCAGAGGGAAAAAAGUCAAUUGGACAUUUCAUUCUCUAGUCUUGGUCCUAUUGAAGGAAAACUUACCAUUCUUACUCCACAAUAUGAACCUGUUAGGAUGUCGUUAUCGCAUAGUUUUGAGUCAACCCUCACCAACCAAGUUUCAUUGACAUAUGGAAGAAAAGAUAUUUUAAAUAGCAGAAUUUCGUAUCAAAAUGAACCAAAAAUGAACGGAAAAGCUACCUUUAUAUCCUCAUUUACAUCUGACAUGUCAGUAUCAUUUGAACACAGCGGGAACCUUCGACGAUGCGUUUCAAACAUCAAAGGGACAUAUGGAAAAAAAUCAGCUCAAGCAGAUCUUAAUCUUAGUACUGACGAAGACUUUUCAGUUCGACUGAACAUGAAAACACCAUUCGAUAUUUUAAGAUCAGGAGAACUCACUAUUAACCAUAAAGGACAACUAAAUGACUUCGAGAGCACAGCAGAUAUAGACAUCAAUUCCAAAAAGAUCAAUGGAAUAGCUAAAUUUUCAACCAACAAUGGAAUUCAAGGAAGAGCCACACUUACUACUCCAUAUGAAAUGUUCCGUAGUGCAGAAAUGUCAUUUAAACAUUCUGGACAGUUGAGAGAUUUUGAAUGUUCAGGUGAAUAUGUACAAAAUGGAAAGAGAUCAGAAGGACAGCUAACACUGAGAACUUCUAGAGGUCUGAAUGCAAGGGCAUACAUAAAAACGCCAUACUCUGAAGAUAUCACUCUUAAGGUAAAUCAUGAAGGAGAACUAAGACGGUUCGUAUCUAAUGGUGAAUUGAGUUACGGUUACAAGACAGGGUCUGCCCAGGUAUCAGUGGAUGUGUUAAGAGAUAUUAGAAUAAACGGCUUCUUGAAAUCUCCCUUUUCACGUGAUGUAGUCAUAAGUACUGAGACCACAGGAAAAUUGGUGGACUUUACAUCCAUAUCUCAGCUUACUUACAGUGGACAGAAACAACACGAGCUUGAAAUUUCUUUCAAUGCUGAAGGCUCAAUCAAAGCAGGGAGAACAAAUUUUGACGGUGCAUACAAUAAGAAAAAAGUUACUGGAAAAUUCUCGUUCAGCGCACCAAAUGGAAUACAAGAAAAGAUUGAAGCAACUGGACACAUUGAAACGCCAAUAAGUAAACCAGUAUCAAUUUCACUUAUGUUCAACAACAACAAUGAACAAGGAAACACAUAUCGCUUCCAAACACAAGCUGAAUUUACAUACAGUGGUCGCAAACAACAUGCAGUUCUUGCUAACUUUCAUCAUUCUGGCCUACUGAAAGCAUUUACAACCUCUGCUGAUGUGACAUACAACACAAAGAAAUCAGCUGUGCAAGUUAGUUUCGACUCAAAUGUGAACAUUGAAGGAAAAGCAACUCUAAAAACACCUUUCAUGGAUGACAUUGUUCUGUCUUUCGGUCACAAUGGACAUCCUUUGAACUUUAAAACUCAGGCUGGGCUUACAUACAGUGGUGCCCAACAACAUGCAGUCCUUGUUAACUUCAAACAUACUGGUGUACUGAAAGCAUUUACAACUUCUGCUGAUAUCACAUACAACACAAAAACAGCAUCUGUCCAAGUCAGUCUUGAAUCAAACUUGAAUAUUGAAGGAAAAGCAAUAGUAAAGACACCUUUCACAGAAGAUAUCGUUCUUUCAAUCGGCCACAGUGGACAACCUUUGAACUUUAAAACGCAGGCUGCUCUCACAUACAGUGGUCGCAAGCAACAUGACAUUUCUGCUACCUUUAGUCACGAUGGAUCACUUAAGAAAUUUUCUACCAGCUCCAAUAUUGUUUACAAUACAAAGAGAGUUACUGGAUCAGUAUUAUUUGAUAGUACAAAUGGAGUCCAAUCAACAGUUUCAUUGAACACUCCUCUGACCAAACCCCUUCGUGCAUCAUUUUCACACAAUGGUCAAUUGGUUGAUUUUAACAAUCAAUUUGAUGUGACGUAUGGAGGCUCUAGAAUGUAUGAAGUUAUUACAGAUUUCAAAUUUGAAGGCGAAUUAAAAAAAUUCCAGUCGUCGGGAUCACUUACUUACAAUAGAAAAACAAUUUCGAGUGAUGUGAAUUGGGAUAUUUUGAACGAUCCAGAGGGAACAGUAACUUUAAGAACGCCUUUCACUGAUGAUAUAACAGUUUCUUUCUCUCACCAAGGGACUCUACAUAAUUUCAUCAGUCACGGAGAGAUCGGUUACAAUGGUAGAAAACAGCAUGAAGCCAAUAUUGUACUCCAGAAUGGCAAAACGAGAGUAUUUGUAGAAUUGUCAUACAAUACUAAGAUAGCAUCAGUAGAAGCAACAUUAGAAAAAUCUACAGGAAGAAAAGGCAGGAUUGAAAUAAAAAGUCCAUACACAAAAGAUAUUGAAUUGGAAGUAGACCAUAGAGGGGAAUUGUUGAACUUUAAUACGAAGGGAGAAAUAACCAUCAGCGGAAAGAAAGAACAUGAGAUUUAUGUUGCAUUUGAGCAUAAUGGAGACAUGAUAAAUUUCAGAACUUUCGGCGAAGCAUCUUAUAAUACCAAGAGAGUGUCAUCAGAACUACAAUUUGACUACACAGACGGUAUUAAGACAAAGGGUACUUUGAAAACUCCAUUUACGAACGACAUAGAAAUUAUAAUCGACCAUAAGGGCUCUGCUAGUAAUUUUAAGUCACAGGCUGAUAUUUCAUACAGCGGAUCUAAACAACAUGAGGCCGUCAUAACAUUUGGAGGGUCUGGUAAACUACAGAAAUUCCAGUUAUCAGGAGAUGCUACAUAUAACGGAAAGAAAUUCACCACUUCAGCUAAAACCGACUUUACUAGUGGAAUUAAAUUAGAGGCACGUAUGUCAACACCAUUCACUGAUGAUAUGGAAAUCUUCCUUGAACAUCAAGGCACUUCAUCUGAGCUCAGAUCACAAGCUAGUGCAACCUACAGCGGAAGUAAACAACACGAAAUUAUUUCGACACUUAAACGUACUGGCACAUUAAAACAAUUCCACGUAUCUGGUGAAGUUCGAUACAAUGAUAAAAUAUCUGCUUUAACUGUCAAUAUGGACACUACCUCAAAAGUAUCUGCAAAUGUGGUCCUUCAAUCGCCAAUAUCUAAGGAUAUUCAGCUAGAAGUUUCCUUCGAUGGAAAAAUUGAAAACUUGAAAACUAAGGCUGGGAUUCAAUAUGGUGAAGAAAAACAUGAACUUUUAUCAAAUUUCAAUCUAGAUUUACCAAAUGGUUUAGAAAUAGAGAUUGACAUACAAUCACCUAUCAGAAACAUGAAAGCAUCAGUUUCUCACGAGUUCAGAGGUACUUUGAAAAACUUCCGUUCAAAUAUCAAAUUAACCCUAAAUGACAAAGAAAUCAACUCAAAAACUAAUUUUGAUAUUUCUAGUGGACUUGAUAUUACGUUGGAGACACCGUUUUCUGGAUAUGAAAGAAAUACAGCUCUACUUAAAUUUUCAAACGUGCAAUCUCUCAUUUCUGGAAAGGCAGUUACGAAAAUUGGAAAACAUAGAACUCAACUUAAUGGCAAAAUUGAUACAUCAAAUGGUUUAAAAAUCGAACUGUGUAUAAAAACACCACUAACUGAAGAUUUCGAGGUGAUUAUAAACGGAAAUGGAGGUCUGCAUGCGUUCAGAUACGAAUCUUCCGUUAGCUACGGAAAAGAAAAAGUGAGAGGAGAAGUAAACCAUGAGUGGUCCUCACAAGUAUUCAAAGGGAACAUGCUGCUAUCAACACCUAUUCUAGAAGACAUAAAAAUAGAGUAUGACGUAAAUGGAAAUCAAUAUUCAUUCGGAACAACAGUAAAGGCAUCCAUUGGUAAAUUGAAUGGAAUUGAAGAAAUUACCACCGUCAGACUAGGAGUAAAGUCAUUAGACUUCGUCACAACACUCAAAACCACUUUUUCUGGAAAUGUAAAAUCGUCUCAACUUAGAUUUUUACAUGAUGGUUACAUUUCAAAUUUUAAAACAAGCAUUGAGGCAAAAUAUGACGACCAGACAAUCAAAGCCGAUGCAUCCUAUAAACGUUAUCCAUCUAACGAGGGUUCACUUACCUUAAAAACACCAUUUGAGAAACUAAGAGUUGUGAAUAUCAAGAUUGAACAAACUGGAUCUGUGAAGUCUUUCACAACAACCGGAAGUCUUCAAUAUGCACCCGACAGAAAACUUGAAGGUAGAUAUCGUCAUGAUUUCAAAGCAGACAGUCUCACUGCAUCUGCAUCUUUGGCGCUCAAUGAAAAUAGGCCUCUUAUUAACGGAAAUCUCAAGAUAACACAAGAAAUUGUCGAUAUUUCAUUGAAUACACCACAAAACAGAUAUUCCGUCAAUGCAGACAUGAAAAUGAAAGAUGACACCUACUCACUAUCCGGAAAUGCUGCAAUUGGAGAGAAAAAGAUAACUAUUGCCAUGGAAAAAACUCCAUCCUCAAUCAACAUAAAUCUUGAUACACCAAUCAAAGGAUACGAGAGAACACAGAUUAAAGCAUCUGUAUCAAGUAAGCCAUACCAUGCUGCACUGAAUAUACAGACAUCUUACCUACCUGAAAUUGACUAUUCGGUCAACGCAGACAUAAAAAUGAAAGAUGACACCUACUAUCUAUCCGGAAAUGCUGCAAUUGGAGAGAAAAAGAUUACUAUUGCCAUGGAAAAAACCCCAUCCUCAAUCAACAUAAAUCUUGAUACACCAAUCAAAGGAUAUGAGAGAACACAAAUUAAAGCAUCUGCCUCUAGAAAACCAUACCAUGCUGCACUGAAUAUACAAGCAUCAUACAUAUCUGAAAUUGACUUUGAUGCACGCCUUACCAGCCAAAGAUUCGAUGAAUUAGAUGGAUCUCUAACACUUAAAACUGGAUUAUAUAAUUUGCAAAAUAUACGGGUAUCCAUGAAAAAUGAAAAAAAUCUUGGAGAAUUGAAAUCUCACAUUGAAGCAUUUUUGACUAAGCGCAACGGAAUAACAAUUGAUGCUUCUCUCACGGAGACAGACAGUUCACUAUCAGUGUCUACUCCUUGGGAAGCACUCCGAACUGCUUAUGGAUAUUUAAAAUACGACUGGCGUAGCAAAACAAAUAAUUUGGUAGUAGCAACAAAUAUGAAAAUCAACAAAGAAACAUUGUACGAUGUUGAUUUUGAAAUGGAUGCUGAGAAAAGAAAGGAAAUAACACUUAUAAUUAAUGUCAAUGAACCAAAACAGAUGAGGUUUGAAUUAAAUAAACUGCUUUCUUCAGAAACAUACAUGCUUGUAAAUUGGAACAAGCAAGAUAAAGACAGCAGUUGCAGAAUGGAUGUUAAAUUCAAUUCAGAUUGGUCUGACAAAAAACAGAUUGCAAGCUAUCGAGGUGUAUGUGGGUCUAAAUCUUACAGCAUUGGAGCAUCGUAUCACCGUCCUGAUGAAUCGUCCACAAUGGUUCUAUUUAUAGAGAAAGAUGAUAUCAAAACACAUGGAAUAGAAACAAUAUUCGAAAAGAACGGACAAGCAAAAUACACUCUACAACUACCAUCUAGAACAGUUGUAUUGUCAACUGUAUCAUCAGGAUAUGGACUAAGCAGUCAAGUAUUUGAUUUCUCGUGGGAUGCAGAAAGAGACCAAAACAAAAGAGUAGUAAUUAAGACCAAAUCUGAUGGAGAUGAACUAACACUUGGUUUAGAAAUGCCAAGUCUCGGCAAGGAUCUUCAACUUGAUUACAAAAUGUUAAUUGGAAGUGGAAACGUUAUUUAUGAUGGCCGUACUGCAUUCAGAUACUCAAAAGAUUCUCGUAAAACUUUUACCUUGAGUUCAAAAUUAGAAGAUGUAUCAGGUCGUGGGGAGAAUUACAAGUUCUUACUUGGUAUCAGUCAUCCAUAUACUACAGUAGACAUCCAAACAAAAGCAGUUUUCGGAAAAUCUAAUGACAAACUCUCAGCUGAUUUUGAUAUCCAAUACCUGACUGCAAGACGUCAAACAAAGAACAUCGCCUUAAUAACCGAGAUUGAUAAACUCAAACGUCAACUCAAUAUACAGGUUCGUUCUCCAAUCAAAACAAUGAAAAUAGAUGCUCGUGUUGAGACUUCACCUUUCAAACUGACAAUUAAAAAUCUUUAUGAUGAUACCAAACCAAUCAAUACAGAGCUGACAGUUGAUCCUAAUGAUGGCAGUCUGGAUUUUAACAUGAACUACGACAUCAAAAACCCAGAUAAAACACUUCAUUUGAAUGCUAAAUUCUCAGACGAGAAAGGAAUAUCUGCAGAACUGUUCAGAGAUGUAAAUCAGAAGAAAACAGUAGACAGCUUGCUCAAUCUGCGAUUAAAGUCUUCUAAGAUUCUUCAUACACGUGUUCACUGGCGUCCAUCAAUUAUCAGUGAUCUCAAGGCUGAAAUAACAAAAAGAAUAGAAGAAUAUGGAAUACGAUCUGCUAUGGCCGUUGAAGAGUCUUCUGGUGAAAUAAACAAAGAAAUAUCAUAUAAGAGACGAUUAUUCCAAGCUGCCUAUACAGAAGAAAUCAAGUCCUAUGCUGAUGCCAUCAAUGAUAAACUGUCUGAACUCAGAACAUUGAAAGCAAAAAAUGCCUUUUACCUUCAAGACAUUUGUAAUUCAGUUGAUACAACCAUGAACAGAAUCGGUGAAUUAUCGGAAGACUUAAAUGAAGCUUGGGGGAGAUGCCCAGUCAAACACACAAUUGAUGAAUAUAUGACCAGUCUUGAACAACUACAAAAGAGACUGGAUGCCUACUCAAAAGAUACUUAUAUAAGCAUGGGUGGCCAGUUGAACAGCAUUUCAACAAAUUCUUAUCAGAGAUUACUUGAUUACCAAAAUUCUGUUGGAAAUCACCAAACUGUUGUCAAUUUAAAAUCAAAAUAUAACUCUUAUAUGGAUCAGCUUAAAAAUAUGAAAUUAAAUGAGCAAUGGUCUAACGUUGCCAACCAGUAUACAUCAAGCAUAUAUAACAUCAGAGAGGGUAUCAACCAAAGACUUGUAAACUCGUUACCAACACCAAUGUACAACAUGGGAUCAUCUGCAUACAAAUACUGGGAAUUUGAAGAAAACGUAAAUGCACUAGUUGACAAAAUAUUUGAUGAAUUGAAAAAAGAUGCCACAAAGGAGAUGUCUGUUUUAAAAGAGAUUUUCGGAAAUGUACUCAAAUCCAAAGUUAUUAAAUACGAUUUACUAAAUGGAGAUAUUGAAGUAGAUUUGUACCUUCCCGUUGAUGUACACACUCUCAGCUCACUAAAAGACAUUUCUUUGAGACAAUACAUUCCAGAUAUGAGCUUUCCAACUCCAAAAGUAAAUUUCCUUGGAUCUGUGGAGGAUUACAUACCACACAUGUCCUGGACAGCAAGUGCAAAAGUACAUGGCCGACACUUUACAACUUUCGAUGGCCAAGAAUUUGACUUCAGUGGUCGAUGUAGCUACGUUCUUGCAAAAGAUUUUGUGGACGGCAACUUCAGUAUCAUCAUGAACUAUUUGGGCAGACAAAAGAAGAAGUUAAUCUUGACUUCUCACCAACAAAAUGUUCAAUUAUCACCAAAUGGAAAGGUCAGCGUCGAUGGUGUAGUUAUGGAUCUACCUUACAGAUCAUCAGAAUUUGCAGUUUUCUCUGAAGAUGGUAAGGUGUUCAUUGAGGGACGUGGAUUCCAAGUUGAAUCCGACCCAACUGUUAAUAUGGUCGACAUUGAUUUGAGCAAGUGGUACUUUGGUAAAACAGGAGGACUUCUUGGUACUCUGAACCAUGAACGUUACGAUGAUAUGAUCAUGCCAAAUAAACAAAUUACAUCCGACGCUUUCGCUCUAGGAAGCGCAUGGCAGGUUCAAGAUAGAUGUUGAAUGAACAUUUAAUACUCUGAAAUACCAUGAACAAGCAAACUGUGAUUACUAACUUUUAAUUUAUAUUUUGGAUAUUGUUGUGAAACUUAUAAUGAAAUAAAACAAUUUUAAGCAUUGAA